AUCUCUUCUAUCUUCAAUCGUCAUUUUCGUUUUCUUUUUUCCUUCCAAACGAUGUCGUUUCCCCUGCAACUCAUCAGUUGCAGAGCAGCUCAGGAUUUUCACAGCAGGGAUUCGAGCUUCAUUAAUGGAGUUUUUAUUAAAACGAGGAUGACGAGGAAGAAGAAGAAUCAGCUCAAGGUUUUAGCAAUGUCGAGUGAUAAUUCAACGUUGAAGAUGAACUUGAAUGAGUAUAUGGUUACUUUACAGAAACCUUUGGGUAUUCGUUUCGGUUUAUCGCUCGAUGGAAGAAUCUUUGUUCAUGCUCUCAAACGCGGAAGUAAUGCGGAGAAAUCGAGAAUAAUAAUGGUAGGAGAUACGUUGAAGAAGACGAGCGAUUCGUCUGGUGGAAGCUUUACUGAGAUCAAGAAUUUCGGCGAUGCUCAGGAGAUGCUGACGGAGGAAACAGGAUCUUUUAGCCUUGUCCUUGAGAGACCCUUCUCGCCUUUUCCGAUUCAUGAAUUGCAUCAAUUGAGUGAUCUUGACAUUUUGUUUAAUAGAGGUCGUAUGCCAGUUGCCACUUGGAACAAAGCUUUAUUGGCAUCUAAUUUACAAACUACUGAGGGUGGGGGAAAUUCUGGUUUUGUAGUAUUUUCCUCAAAGUUUCUAGCAUCACCAGGUUUAAAGUUCUUGAAUGAUCGAAAUGGACAUGUUGGUUCCGGAUUGCAGAAGAACAUUCUUUCUUCACCAGUUAGCCAACUUGUUUGUAUUUUUUCCGAGAAAGAGCCUGGAGAUGGAGAAUGGGCUCAUGGAAGCUUCCCUUUGGAGGAAUAUAUUAAGGCACUCGAACGUUCUAAAGGCGAGCUUUACUAUAACCACUCUCUUGGAAUGCGUUACAGCAAGAUUACAGAGCAGAUUUAUGUGGGGUCAUGUAUACAGACAGAUGCUGAUGUCAAAACUCUGUCUGAUGCGGGAAUCACUGCUGUAUUAAAUUUUCAGAGCGGGGUUGAAGCAGAAAACUGGGAAAUCAAUUCCAAGUCAAUCAAUGAGUCAUGCCAAAGAUUGAAUGUCCUAAUGAUCAAUUAUCCUAUUAAGGAUGGAGAUUCCUUUGAUCUGAGGAAGAGAUUACCGUUCUCUGUUGGGCUUUUAUUACGCUUGUUGAAAAAGAACCACCGCGUCUUUGUUACUUGCACCACUGGUUUUGACCGAUCCCCGGCUUGUGUGAUUGCAUAUCUUCACUGGAUGACUGAUACUCCACUUCAUGCAGCUCAUAAUUUUGUCACUGGACUGCAUACAUGCAAGCCGGACAGGCCUGCAAUAGCUUGGGCAACAUGGGAUCUAAUAGCUAUGGUAGAAAGUGGUAGACAUGAUGGACCUGCGACACAUGCUUUGACCUUUGUGUGGAAUGGCCAUAAUGAGGGGGAGGAUGUCUGCCUAGUUGGAGAUUUUACAGGAAACUGGAAAGAACCAAUAAAGGCAACCCAUAAAGGUGGAGCUAGAUAUGAAGUUGAAAUCAGACUUCCCCAAGGAAAAUAUUACUACAAGUAUAUUAUUAACGGGAACUGGCGGCAUUCAACGUCUUCACCAACAGAAAGGGAUGAAAGAGGGAACAUUAACAAUGUGAUUAUGAUUGGUGACACUGCAAGUGUGAGGCCCACAAUUCAACCACAACAGAAGGAUGCCAAUCUUAUAAAGGUGAUAGAGAGGCCCUUGACAGAGAAUGAAAGAUUCAUGCUGGCCAAGGCAGCUCGUUGCAUUGCAUUCUCUGUCUGUCCAAUCAGACUAGUCCCCAAGUAGUUUUUGUCAUUGCAAUUCCACCAAGUGGAAUGUGCUUUGGUCUCUCCUUGAAUCUCAAAUACAUUAGCACAUGCCAAAUCCUUGUGCAAAAUAGUCUUAGCCCUUCGGUAUGAAGAGAUCUGUCCAAUGUAAUUCUUACGGCUGAAUUUUGUUUGUAUACAUUUAAUUGGUCUAUCUGUGAAUAGAAAGCUCAACUGCUACUCUUACAGCAUAUCCAAGUGAUUGUUAUAUAGAGUUUUAUCAAUUAAUAUAUAGUCAAAGUACUUGUUAAA